GUGUUCAGCAAGCCCCUGCUAACCACCUGCAGAAGCCCCGCUGUAUCUCCAUCCCUUCUGGUUGUUUCAGCACCAUGGCCAGCAUUCUACUGCUUUUCCUCGCAGCCUCCUGCUGCGCAUUUCUCUGUCUCGCUGACGACACCUCCUUGGAGUUUGAGGCUCGCGCUCUAGAGUUCCCCCACAAAUCACAAGAAGAGAAGGAUCUGAUUGAAGCUUUACAAGAAGUUCUGGAGAAACUGAAGAACAAACAGAUGCCGUUAUCAGAAAAGAAGCUUGGCUGGCUGCCGUCGUGUGACGCUGGCGAGCAGUGCGCUGUUCGCAAAGGUGCGCGUGUCGGAACACUGUGUGGCUGUCCGCGUGGGACUACGUGCAACUUCUAUGUCCUCAAGUGUUUGUAAGAAGAGAAGAGGAGAGAAAAUGAUAAACGGUGUAGGGAGGGGAGCAGAGAGAAAUAGGAGAGAGAGAACAGAAGCUUUUGCCUCAUUCAGUGGAGCACAUUCAGAUCGUGGAACAUUCAGACAGAAAUAUUGUAUGUUGAACAGAUGUGUCUCUGACAUGUAAAGUAAAUAGGAAUCAUGUCAGCUUUACUUUCAGUAUGUUGCCCUCUCCUGUCCUGAACGGGACCCUGGUGUGUAAUGGAGGGUUUGUUGUCUAACAUAAAGGCUGUAUCCCAAAUAAUAUAUUCCCUAUAAUGCUCUAUUUUGGCCAGAGUCCUAUUUGUCAGUCCUAUGUUGCUUUGGUCAAAAGUAUUGCACUUUAUAGGGAAUAGGGUGUCAUUUAAGCCACUACCCAACUUGUUCCUUUAUCUGUGCUCUCUGCUGUCUCGUCUAUUUUGACUAAGUACAAAGAAAUUCAAUGUGAUCAAU